AAUCAGUUCUUCAUCUGCUCUGCAACACAGAGAAAAUAGAAGAAAGAGAGAGAAAUUGAAGUGAGAAAAAAAGCUAUGGCGUCCUCCUCUGUAAUCCUGAAGCGAACGGCGAUGAUGAGGUCAAUGGUCAACGGAUUCCAAGCUUCGAGGGCGUACGCAUCGGUUGCAGUGGGAUCCGAUUUGAUAUCCGCCGCACCGGAUGUCUCCCUCCAGAAAGCUCGCUCUUGGGACGACGGCGUUUCGUCCAAGUUCGCCACUUCUUCUCUCAAAGACAUUUUCAAGGACAAGAAAAUCGUAAUCUUUGGCCUCCCUGGAGCAUACACGGGUGUUUGUUCAGCACAGCAUGUACCUAGCUACAAAAAAAAUAUCGAUAAAUUCAAAGCGAAAGGAAUCGAUUCGGUGAUAUGUGUAGCUGUGAAUGAUCCCUAUGUUUUGAAUGGCUGGGCAGAAAAACUUCAGGCUAAUGAAGAUAUUGAAUUUUAUGGAGAUUUUGAUGGAAGCUUCCACAAAAAGCUGGAUUUGUCUAUAGAUUUAUCCGCUGCUUUACUCGGACCUCGAUCGCAUAGGUGGUCGGCUUAUGUGGUCGAUGGCAAGAUUAAAGCACUCAAUGUGGAAAAGGCGCCCUCCGAAUUCGAGGUUUCUGGUGGAGACGUUAUUCUCGACCAGAUUUAAAGUGAAUUUUCUUUUUUCUUCCGGGUACGGGGAAAUAAAUCUUUACCGAGUAUACACGGUUUUGUUUGUUUCUUUUCGGAGAUUUUGUUUUUCAUUAAUAAGAGCAGGCCUUGAUAUAACAUGGUUUGAUUUAAUGGUUCUUAUCACCAUUUUCAUGAAAAUGGAAUUAUUUUUGUAUUGACUGUAAUGCUUUGUGGUGGAAAGGAAAUAUUUCCGCAAGUCAUUCAUGCAUGAUGCAACUCUUCUUUGA